AUGUCCAGCAAGCGGCUCCCGCUGGCCAACAACUCGAAUGCCGUCAACUCUCCUUUCCGAACCAUCCAUCCCGUCUCUGGCAAGCGCUCAAGAGCCCAAGACCCGCGUGAUGCGAGCCAACCUCCUCUCAAGAAACAAGUUCUUGACCACGACCACGAUGAGAACCACCAACCACGUUCUUUGAUCCGUCAGUCACUGGCACAGCAAGAGAAGGACGCACAACUGUUCUUGAGAAAGCCUGGCAAUGCUCCACCCACUGCCUUUGAAAGGAAAUUGGCUGCUGCAAGAAAGCCUCCGUCUGCACAAAAGCCACAGAGAACAGCCGACAGUCUCGAGAGCAUUCGCCAAUGGCAACGGCACUACAGAAAAGCUUUUCCUCAGUUCGUUUUCUACUUUGAGAGUGUACCCGAUGACGUGCGGACAAAGGUUUCAAGGCAGAUUCAAUAUCUUGGCGCCAAAGAGGAGAAGUUCUUCUCGCGUUCCGUCACCCAUGUGGUCACGACCCGCCCAAUCCCUCCGGAACUUGCCUCGACAAGUUUUGAUGAUGGUCAUGCCUCCAAAAGCAAUACCCACCAUGCCUCUCUCAAGACCAUCGACCCUUCUCUUCUUGACCGUCCUCAAGACUCGACCCUGACUGGUGCUCAGAAGAAGACUGCUGAUCUUCUCGAAGCUAGUCUGCAAGGCCGUAAUCAUAUUUCUAACAUCCAGACUCUCCAGACUGUCGAGCCACGCAAGCUCGGUGUCCAAAGUAACGAUGUCUUAUCCAAGGCUAGAGAGCUUGGCAUCAAAAUUUGGGCUUUGGAAAAGCUACAGCGUAUGAUGACAACCAUGUUCGAUACUGACACUGGUGAGCAACCUGAUCAACAAAGGAACAUUGCCUCAACCUUGCGCAGAGGAGAGAAGGCAGACUUGCAAACCCUGCUGCGUAACGAGAAAGUCAUUGGUCCAGCCGACCGUGACCUUGCCGUCGCCGCUCAGGAUUCUGUCCAAUUCAGAGGAUACUAUAUCUACGUACACGACAUGGACGAAAGAACCCGCCCGGUCAUGGUCCGUGAUUAUCCUAAAGUCACCCAUAAGGAGGAGGGCAAGUGGCCACAAUUCCGCCUGACCCCUAUAGGAAGAUGUCCAUUUGUCGAAGACCCUUCGCACACCAGGAAGCUGCGCAUGGCAGAGGAACUGAAGGCCGCUGAGGCAGAGAAGGAACGCAAACUGGCCGCCGGUGUUCCUGUCACGCGCAGUCGGGCUGCUGCAGGUACUGGAAAUUCUCAAUCCACCACAUCACAACCCAAGGAACAAGUGGAGCCCAAGGACAAGGCCGAAGCUGUCGAUGAUCACGUCAAGCCUCUGGACCCUCCCAAGGGUAUUCCUAGCAAGAGACAGGCCUCGAUGGAUACUGGUAGCAUGCCUGCACUCUUCGGUAGCACCCAAGCCAACAUGAGAGGCGCACCGCGUUUCAUCGGAGGAGAGCCUGUCGCAUCUGGAGUCCAGCCCUCGAACAUCACUUCCGCCAUCCGCUCGCAGAUUGUCUCAUCGACCAUUUCCUCAACAGCACCUGGAACUCGUAAUGUUGGCGCAAGCAAAGAGAUUACUGCUCUUAAGCGCCGAGCAUUGGAGAGAGGGGCCAGCGCAAACUCUAACGAGCCCCUGCAGUCGUCGUACCUUACCGAUAUGCGCGCAGCAAUCAAUGGAGACCGUCAGCAAGCACCGAGAGCGGCCAAGCGCAAGGCACAAGAGACGUUGGGACACAUCCGUGAAGAAGGCGAAGAAGAGACAACCAAGUCUCGUCGUGCCCAACAGGUGCGCAAGAAGGUGAUCGUAGAGCGUGAGAUGAAGGCAGGAUAUUGUGAGAACUGCAGAGACAAGUUCGACGACUUUGAUGCUCAUUGUCAGUCCCGCAAGCACCGCAAGUUCGCCAUGGACAAGGGGAACUGGUCGCAGUUGGAUGAUUUGCUGAGUCAACUGGAACGUCCUCUGAAGUAG